CUUUUUUUUUUUGGCUGAUUUACUUUCUGUGUUUUUUUCUUAUCGAAGAAUCUCAUUUCAAGCUUCUUUUUUUCUGGAGUUUUAGUAAAGAUUCCAUUUUUUAUUUUAUUUUUUGCAGAAAUUAUCAACCAAAAUUGGAGAAUUCACCAUUUUUCUCCUUUGUUUUGUUGAUUUUCUUUCUGGGUUUCUCUUUUUUUCAGUUCUUGAAAACUGAGAAGUUGCAUUUCAAGUUUCUUUUUUCUGGGUUUUCAUAUAAAGACUCCUUUUUUCUUUUUUGCAGAUUUUUUCGACCAAAAUUGGGUUUCAUCCCUUUUUUUAGUUUGAUUUUCUUUCUGGGUUUUCUCUUAGUUUCAGUUACAAGUCUCAUUUUAAGUGUUUUUAAGUUUAUUCCUUGUUCUGGGUUUCAGAUAAAGACUCAAAUUUUUUUUGCCCCAAAAUUGGGUUUCAGUAUUUUUCUCUCCUUUUUUGCUGAUACCCUUUUUGGGUUUUUCUUCUUUUCAGUUGUGGAAUCCUUUAUAAGUCGCACUUCAAGUGUUUUGUUUGGAUCCUUGUUGAUUUUUCGUUCUGGGUUUCAAAUAAAGAUUCCAUUUUUACCCAGAAUUUAUUCGAAUUUAAAAGUAUGGUGGUUCUAGUUUCACGUUCUGGAAGGCAUUUACAGAGAUACAACAAGGGUCGUCGCCAAGUCGUUGGAUGUAUCCCUUACAGAUAUAAGGAUAAUUUUGACCUAUCCAUGGGGGACGAAGAUGCAUUUGAAGUUCUUCUCAUAAGUCCUCAGAGAAAAGGAAAAGGACUGUUGUUCCCUAAGGGAGGUUGGGAAAAGGAUGAAACAAUUGAAGUUGCAGCAAGGCGUGAGACGAUUGAGGAAGCUGGUGUUUGCGGUGAUAUUGAGGGCAAACUAGGAACAUGGUACUUCGAGAAUAAAAAUGGUGACACUGCCUAUGAAGGACACAUGUUUCCUUUAUUUGUGAAAGAGGAACUAGAUUUGUGGCCUGAGAAGGACAUCCGCGAAAGAUUUUGGAUGAGCGUUCAAGAAGCAAGAAAGCUCUGCCAGCAGGGGUGGAUGAAAGAAGCAUUGGAGAUGUUAGUUAGUCGGCUCACGUCCCAAUGUAGGCGGACUAAAAUAGACCUGUUUUCAAGAAUCAACCGUGGCUCCAGUGGCCAUGGAACUGUUUUACGUUUGGGAUGCAGGGCUCAGGUACUUACUCCACCACCACCACCAAGCCCGGCAGAAGAGGCCUAGUUUACAUCAGCCAAAGAAUGUGGUAAAAAUAGCUUGUAAAUAAGUAAUUAGAACAGUGGUAUUUGGAUUAGCUGCACAUCACGGUUGGGAACAAAGCAUGGUUUUAAAAAGAGGAAGGUAGAGGUGUAGGGCCAUUAUUCUCAAGAUUUCGAACUGUAGGCUGGUGAUUGUUCACCACGUGUUGGACCUGGGCCACAUAUCAUUCACCAAGGUUUGAACCAAGCGCCUAUAAUCCUUGGGCAUGUCUUGGUUUUUAAAAAGACGGGAAAUCGUGUGUGAUGGUUGAUGGAGUACAAGCCUCCUUAUCCGGAUGUAACAGUGUAGUAGCAACUGCAGACGGAGGAGUCGUAGCAAUCUGUCUUAGUGCUAACUCCAAUUUUCAGGAGAACAUAAACAUAGAGGUACCCAUAGAACUGUUUAGUUUUUUUUUUCCUCGCUUGUUUUGUUUUCUUGGAAUUGGAGAUAAGGUUGUUGAAUGGCUUUAGGCUCACAAACAGUGUUGUUUAGGGUGCAGUCUUUUUUAGGAACUUUACUUUUCUGCCUGAAGAUAGUAAAGUUACCUUUUAACUUAUGAUGAUUGCUCUUAAUCCUCCCUCCCUCUACUGUCAUGUGGGCUUGGAUUUCAAAUAUAUUUUAUGUUUGGCACUUAAAUCUGAA